GGAAGACGACGAGUACGACGAGUACAUUUACUUUGUAAUGAAUUCAUAUCAAAGCCUUUUCUUUCUGAGUACCAGUGAUGCACCACCGGUCAUACUUGACACAGUUUGAGAAGUAUGGUCCUGGGAAAAGAGAAGAAGAGGAGGUGUAACAUCUGGAUUUCAUUUAGUGUGCUGCAAAGUGGGGAAAACCUCCUGAAAUAGGCCUAAACCGUAUUUUCCACAUUAAUUGCUGCCGACCAAUCUGCGCUGUUAUUCUAAAAUCGUAAACCGUGAAUCUUAUGGGGUUUCCACACACCAUCUCUGCCGUGUGGGUGUGUUUGUAUGCGAGUGCGCAGUCUUUUGUGUGAAGCUCCUCAGUCCGUAGAGCUGUUGUUCCCAGUGAGCUUCAGGACAGGCACACGGACUGCCGGAUUAGGAAAGACAAAAGAGAAAGUGUGAUUUCUACUUUUUUUUCCCUCCAUUCAAUGUCUCUGUGUCGGUUGCCCGUCUGUGUGGCUCGAAUAACUUCUCAUUUCAGAAGGAAUCGUUGCACUCUCUGGUGAACGUUGUUUCUGUGAUAUUGUACAGACCGGAAUGGAUUGAGUAAUCACAGACUAGACAAGACAUGCUGUCUAAUCAUCCACUAAAGUUUUUAUUGUAAUCGAUGGUUCUCCACACCAGAGGUGAGGAGAACAGCAGAGAACAUUUGUUUCAGCGUUUUUACUCUUGGGAGCACGUUUGGACGCAGUUUUUCUGUUGCUCCACAUUCUCUUUCUCAUGGGGUGACCCACAUACGGCUCCUGAGACGUGACUGUAGGACAGGCAGUCCUCCUCACCCCCCCCCCCACCCCCACAUCUGUUUUCCUGUCCUUACCAUAAAGGCAGUAAUUAAUGCCCUAGACGCUCCUCACGACUCCACAGUUUGAAUGAAUCUUUGCUGUAAAGCAGCUGGGCUCUGCCACUCUGUCACCAUGAAGAGCAAGUACCUCCAGUACUACAACAAGAGUCUCAUCACGUACCACUAUGCCUAUGCUAAGAAUAUGACCGCUAAUGAAACAAGGGAACAAUACAAGGUAAAAAAACAGCUCACUGAGGUUAACAUUGUCCUUGUAAUCCUGUGCACCAUCAUCAUCCUCGAAAAUCUCCUGGUUCUACUUGCUGUCUUCCGCAACAAGAAGUUCCACUCAGCCAUGUUCUUCUUCAUCGGCAACCUGGCGUUCUCUGACUUGCUGGCCGGCUCCGCCUACAUAGCCAAUAUAUUCCUGUCAGGACCAAAGACCUUAGAACUGGUGCCGGUACAGUGGUUUAUCAGAGAAGGAACGGCGUUCAUCGCUCUGGCUGCUUCUGUCUUCAGCCUGCUGGCGAUAGCUAUAGAGCGCUUUAUUGCUAUCACCAAAGUCAAAGUGUACGGCUCCACCAAAACAUGUCGCAUGUUUCUGCUGAUAGGAGCCUGUUGGGUCACCUCGAUUCUGCUUGGAGGACUUCCCAUCUUAGGCUGGAAUUGCAUCAACAACCUCCCUGACUGUUCAACUGUCCUGCCGCUCUACUCUAAGCAAUACAUACUAUUUGUUGUCUCCAUUUUUACCCUCAUACUGCUCUCUAUCGUCAUCCUCUAUGUGAAGAUCUAUUUGAUCGUUCGCUCCAGCCGCCAGGAGGCAACUAACUCACAAGCAUAUGCCCUUUUCAAAACAGUCACAAUAGUGCUGGGUGUCUUCAUCAUAUGCUGGCUGCCAGCUUUUACCGUGCUGCUCCUGGAUUCAUCCUGCAGCAUGCAGCUCUGCCCUGUGCUCAGCAAUGCCCAUGUGUUUUUCGGCUUAGCCACUCUGAACUCGGCACUUAACCCAAUGAUCUACGUGCUGCGCAGCAAGGACAUGAGAAGGGAGUUCCUGCGUGUGCUGUGCUGUUGGGGUGUGCUGCAGAGCGGCCGGCCCUCUGAACGCUGCCUGGUCCAGCUGAAGAGCUCUAGCUCUAUGGAACAUUGCACCAACAAAUUCGAACACCAGACCACACCCAUCAUGCAAACGGGUACCACCUGUGUCUGACUUGGUGCAAACACGUUAGAUGGCUUUGUGUGUGCACGAGAGGGAGAGACGUCAUGAUGAGGUGGACAGAUGUUAACAGAGAAGCCGGCACAUGCUGGGACUAGACUUCUGGACACGUUGGGAUACAGCUGUCUGUUGGGACACAUUUCAGGAUGCAGAGUGCUUUUCACAUAGAACAGUGGGACUUUACAAUCAGCAUUCAAGAGUCACACCGUUCAGCUGUGAAACAGGUGUGAAAACAUUAUAAGGAGUAACCAAUUCCCUAUAUGAAAAAAAAUUGAAAAAUGUGAAAAAGCGUUUUAGCUUGGUACUUUUAUUAGUGAAUAUGGAGCAAACCGUUUUCAUCUUUUUCUUUUUAAACAUGCAAACCCAUAUUAAAAAGCUAACGUACGGGCAGAGCAUGUAUAAUAUUCCGGUUAGGUUGAGCUGUGUCAAUGCGAAGUUGCACUUUGUCGAUUACCAUGCAGAUGGUCUGGUCUAAACUUCAACUGCUUCAUUGUUUGUAGAGAAAGAGGUAUAGAGUUACCACACAUUAAUAGAACAAGAGGAAGCAGUUUGCAACAAUGAGCACUCCACCAUGCCGAGACCAUACUGACUGGUGCUUCAGCAAAACAAGGACUAUAUAUUCCCUAUAUAACCUUGCUUAAACAAACUGAAUAACCACAACAAAAGUACAUAAUCUGCUUUAUUUAGUGCAUGUUGAAAUUGUAAUGCAUUUGUAAGCGCUAAUGUUUUUGUAGUAUAUUCCAGCUUCUAUCACUAACAACCCUUCUCCCAUGUCCCCUCUCCAACUAUCUCUCUCCUGCUUUUUACCCUUGUCUUCUAUAUCCUCAUUGUUUCCACUGAGGAAGGCCACAUCAGAAAGCGCAUCAGGUUAUUUGGCACUGAUGAAUUUCACCUGUUAACAGCUCUCCGCUGACUUUGACUAAUGAGACAGCAGCCCUGACAGUGUUGUAGCCACGUAGCAGCCAUGUGCCACCUUUUGUUUGUGCCUUCCUUUGAGAGAAAAAGGCUGAAUGUAUGAAUGAAGUGUUGGGAGCAUGCGCUCCAUUAUAGACAGUAUUACUGAUCAGGAUUUUGAAUCGCCAAGUCACUGAUGAGCAGUGAGUGGGAUAUACAGGGUAGGUCACCUUCACUGUGAACUCUUCUUGCACCAAGAACAAGAAAUUGUAAAUCCCGGUUUAUCUUGCUAGCUAUAUGCUUUGUGCGACCAAAAGUGUAAACACUUCUCAUCUUUCCAAAGACCCUACCCAACCCCUCACCGCCUCUGUACGAUGGGAGGAGAUCCAUUUUCAAAAGCACCAUUGGGGUCUGCCCUCCUGGGAGGAAUGCUUCUUUAUUCUACAUAAAACAUGCAACUUCCUCCAGCCAUAGGAAGUCCUGCUUUCAACUGUCCAUUUCCUAUUGUUCAGGGUUACACCAACCUUCCUGUAACCAAACAGGAUACAGGAAGCUGUCCGUUAGUGUUUUUGUUUUGUUUUUUAUUAGUGACAUUUACAUUUAGAAAUCCAAGUAGAAAUGGUGAAAAGCACUUUGGCAGCUGAUGUCAAAUUCCCCCAUUUUCCCGUUUUGGGUGGAACAGUGUUCUAAUAUGUGUAUGACUUCAGUGUAUGUCGAUGGUAUUGUAUGACAAAUAUGAAUUGCUAUGUAUGUUUGUAAUUAUGUAUCUUUGUACAGUAUGUAUGAUUUUGUGUGGUAUGAAAUGUCUCGUGUGCAAUAGCUUUGUGUGUUCUGUAGCACGCUGCCUGUGUUAAAUUGGUACAAUCCUAAACACUAAUGGAGGUACAUAAACCUUUUGUUAAAUGCAUUCCAAUUUUAUAUAAUAAAUGAAAUACAGAAACUAA